GCUGGUGACUUUCACUCAGGCAGGUACUGUACUUUUCCAAAGGACAUACUGAAUAACGACCAAGCUAUCCUCCAAGAUGGGCUGCGUUCAAAGCUUCAGGGAGUUUUGUGACCGCUCCAAAAAUACAAAUAUCCGUUUAAGUCUUCCAGCAGUGUGCAUCGUGUGGCAAACAGCCAUGAUCAUCUUGUUUGGAGUUUUUAUCCGUUAUAACGAGGAGGCGGAUCCACACUGGAUAGACUACAAGAAAGCCCAUAAUAUAUCCAGUGACAUUGACAAUGACUUCUACUUCAGAUAUCCAAGUUUCCAGGAUGUCCAUGUGAUGAUCUUUGUAGGAUUUGGCUUCCUGAUGACUUUUCUCAAGCGCUACAGCUUCGGUGCCGUGGGUUUCAACUUCCUCAUCGCAGCUUUCGGCAUCCAAUGGGCGCUGCUCAUGCAGGGCUGGUUCCACUCCCUGGACUGGACCGAUGGAAAGAUCAAAAUAGGAAUCGAGAGCUUAAUUAAUGCAGAUUUCUGUGUGGCGGGCUGCUUAAUUGCUUAUGGAGCCGUGCUGGGUAAAGUCAGUCCAGUUCAGCUGAUGGUAUUGACUCUGUUUGGCGUCACGUUGUUUGCCGUGGAGGAAUAUAUCAUCCUCAGUGUCAUACAUGCCCGUGAUGCAGGAGGCUCCAUGGUGAUCCACACAUUCGGGGCUUAUUACGGCCUUGCCAUCUCGUGGAUGCUCUAUCGACCAAACUUAGACCAGAGCAGUCGUCUGCAGGGCUCGGUCUACCACUCAGAUGUCUUCGCUAUGAUUGGAACUAUCUUUCUGUGGAUCUUCUGGCCCAGUUUCAAUUCAGCCAUCACUGACCAUGGGGAUGGGCAGCACAGGGCUGCCAUUAACACCUACCUGGCCUUGGCAGCAACAGUGCUCACCACUGUGGCCAUCUCAAGCCUCUUUGAGAAGCAUGGCAAACUGGACAUGGUUCACAUCCAGAACUCCACUCUGGCUGGAGGUGUGGCAGUUGGAACUGCAGCAGAGUUUAUGCUGAUGCCUUACGGCUCUCUAAUAGUUGGCUUCUGCUGUGGUGUCAUCUCCACGCUGGGAUAUAUCUUCCUCACGCCCUUCAUGGAGAAGCACCUAAAGAUCCAGGACACGUGUGGAAUCCACAACCUUCACGCCAUGCCUGGUCUUAUCGGUGGCAUUGUGGGAGCCAUUACUGCUGCAGCCGCGUCCGAGUCUGUUUAUGGGAAAGAAGGACUGAAAAACACCUUUGACUUUGAUGGUGACUUUGAAGACAUGACACCGACGAGGCAGGGGGGUCACCAGGCCGCGGGCAUAUGUGUGGCCGUCUGCUUUGGUGUAGGUGGAGGCAUCAUGGUUGGUUUUAUUUUAAGGUUACCUAUCUGGGGCGAUCCAGCUGAUGACAAUUGCUUUGACGAUGAAGUCUACUGGGAGGUGCCUGAUGAUGAGGAAAGUGUUCCACCAGUACUGCAGUACAACAACCACAUGUUGAACAAAGAUGUGACAGAGUCAAAUUUCACAAUGGAGCAGAACUGACCCAGCAUCAUCUGGAACUUGGAGGGUUGCUGUCCUCUGCUGGUAUUCUUUUAUUCUCCUCCUAAACAGAUUUCAUUCGAUCAUGUUUCCCACCUCUACAAAUAUUUAUUGUCCAGCAAAAGAGUUUCUUUUUUUGAGGAUUUUUUUCCCCAUAUUUGCCUAAUAAAAUGCGUGUGUGUACGAAAAUCAA